AUGGCUCCCACUAUUGCAGUGCAGCCCUCAUUCGACGAAGUUCACAACAUUGUAGAGCGCACCAAAGAUUGGCCCAAUGCGCCUAACCUCAUACCUCUCUGCACCUCGAUCUCCUCCGAGUUCCUGACGCCGUCCUCCAUCUACCUCAAAGUUGCAGCAAACUCAAGUUCCAAGCAGUCCUUCUUGUUCGAGUCUGCAGCCACUUCAGAGACGAUCGGACGAUACAGCUUCGUCGGCGCCGACCCUCGUAAGACCCUCGUUUCCGGUCCCAAACAUGGCCUCGAAGCCGACCCUCUGCCCCAGCUGGAUCAAGAGCUUGCACAACAUCGUAUAGCACACAUACCCUCCCUGCGUCUACCUCCUCUGACGGCGGGAGCGAUUGGGUAUGUUGGAUACGACUGCAUCAAGUACUUUGAGCCGAAGACGAAGAGACGGCUGAAAGACGUCUUGGAGCUGCCUGAAAGCUUGUUCAUGCUGUACGACACCAUUGUUGCUGUGGACCACUUCUUCCAGAAAGUGAUUGUCAUAUCAUAUAUGAGUGUGCCUGGUUCAGGUAGUAGUAGCAAGAUCUCGCUGGAGGAGUCGUAUCAGAAGAGCAGGGAAAGUAUUGAGAGACUGGUCAAGAUCUUGAAGAAGCCAGACCUGCCUCUGCCACCUCAAGAUCCCAUCAAGCUCGACCAAGAGUAUACCAGCAACAUUGGCCGCAAAGGAUACGAGGCACAUGUCACUCGGCUGAAGAAGCACAUUGUGACAGGAGACAUCAUCCAAGCUGUGCCUUCACAGCGCAUCGCUCGACCGACAAACUUGCACCCUUUCAACAUCUACCGACAUCUUCGAACUGUCAACCCUUCACCAUAUAUGUUCUACCUGGACUGCGACGACUUUCAGAUCAUCGGUGCCAGCCCUGAAGUGCUUGUGAAAGAGGAGGCGGGGAGGAUUAUCACGCAUCCGAUUGCUGGCACGAUCAAGCGUGGUGCGACGCCAGAGGAAGACCAGCAGCUCGCAGAUACCCUCCACAACAGCAUCAAAGACCGGGCGGAACAUGUGAUGCUUGUCGACCUGGCGCGCAACGAUGUCAAUCGGGUUUGCGAUCCUCUGUCGACGAGGGUGGACAAGUUGAUGGUUGUGCAGAAGUUCAGUCACGUUCAGCAUCUCGUGUCGGAAGUAUCAGGCAUCCUUCGCCCAGGCCAGACUCGCUUUGACGCAUUUCGAUCAAUCUUCCCGGCUGGAACAGUCUCUGGAGCCCCGAAGGUGAAAGCGAUGGAGCUGAUCGGUGAGCUGGAAGGCGAGAAGCGUGGCAUCUACGCAGGUGCUGUUGGUUAUUUCGGAUACAACAGAGUCAACGCUACCAACGGGGAGGAAGCUGAGGGCGCCAUGGACACGUGCAUUGCUCUGCGAACGAUGAUGACCAAAGAUGGUGUGGCGUAUCUGCAAGCAGGCGGCGGAAUCGUGUUCGACAGUGACGAGGGAGAUGAGUACGAGGAGACAAUCAACAAGCUGGCGGCGAACAUGAGGUGUAUCGAGCAAGCAGAGAAGCUGCACUACGAGGAGCAGCAAGGCGGGCUUGAAAGUCAGGAGACAAAUGGUGUCCCGAAUGGAGCUGCCAGGCCUGCCAAGGUAGAUCUUGCAGGUGGAUAG